AUGGCCCCCCAACACCUCAAAGAAACGGGCGUGGUCCGGGACAUCAGAGCGAAGGGCGGCAAAGCAGUGAGGACUUACUCGGGCAAGUUUGACAAAUGGCCUCCCGCAUCCUUCAAGCUGUCCGACAGCCAGAUCCGAGACUGUAUUGCCCAAGUCCCCCUCCAGACCAUCAAAGACAUCAAGACGGCACAGGAGAAUGUGCGCAAGUUCGCCGAAGUUCAGCGUGCCUCUACUCACAUCUGCACAUACGACCAUUUCCGCAGCCAAAGUCGCCGGGGUGAAGCAAGCCAUUGCCUGCACGCCACCCAUCCAAGAGAAACUUCCAAAUGCCACUAUCGCCGCUGCUCAUUUGUGGUAGCCGAUGAGAUCUUUGUCAUUGGCGGCAUGCAAGCUAUCGCUGCCAUGGCCACUGGCACAGAGACGAUCAAAAAGGUUGACUUUAUUGCCGGGCCUGAGAAUGCCUUUGUCGCUGAGACGAAGCGACUCCUCUUUGGAGAGACUGGAAUAGACCUGGUUGCUGGCCCGACUGAAGUGUUCAUCGUGGCUGAUGAAGCUGCUGACCUCUUCACGGUGGCGACUGGCAUGCUGUCACAGGCUGAAUAUGGGCCCGAUACUCCAGAGGUCUUGAUCACAACGUCGGAAAAGAUGGCACCCGAGACCAUCAAGAUUAUCAACAAGCUUCUGGAGACCCUGCCUACUUCCGAGCUAGCUGAGAGGCGCUCGAAAAGAUAUCAAACUAUGAAUGGUGCGCUCUUCCUUGGCGAAAAGACGUGCAUGUACUACGGCGAUAAGGGCAUCGGUACCAACCACGUCCUGCCAACACGAAAGGCGGGCAACUACACCGGUGGUCUCUGGGUGGGCAAGUUCCUCAAGACACAGAUGUACCAAGAGAUUGUGGACGAAAAGGCAAGCGGCGAGAUGGGCAGGCUCUGUGGGAGGUGUUCGAGGGCCGAGAACUUUGAAGGACUUGCCGGGUCUGGCGACCUGAGGGCGUAA